GAGGCGUUCCUUUGCGCGUCAAAUGUCCCUUUUUAAGGCAGCUCGUCUUUUGCUUUAGACACAUUUCAGAGGACAAACUGCCGCUGCGCCGCAUAUCCGGAUUUGUUCGCAUAAUGUCAGACUCCGUUAAAAACGUCGCGAUCUUUGGAGCCACGGGAAUGACCGGCCUGGCAACGCUCCCACUAGCUGUGGCUGCAGGUAAACGACGUCACGUGAUGUCUGCAGGAUACAAUGUGACCGUUCUGGUGCGCGACCCCGCCAAGCUGCCCGCCGACCACAAGGCGUGCAGAGUGGUGGUGGGGGACGUGACGAAUAAGGAGGAUGUGAAGAAGACCAUGGAGGGCCAAGACGCUGCGAUCAUCAUUCUCGGCACCAGGAACGACCUGAGUCCAACCACCAUGAUGUCUGAAGGCACCAAGAACAUCAUAGAAGCCAUGAAGGCCAGAGGGAUCCGCAAAGUGAUCGGCUGCAUGUCGGCCUUCCUUCUUUGGGAUCGCUCCAAGGUCCCACCCCGGCUGGUUCCGGUAACGGAGGAUCACGACCGGAUGUACGACGCGCUGAAAGCAUCGGGGCUGGAUUAUGUGGCUGUUAUGCCGCCUCACAUCGCAGGAGAUUUGCCCCUGACUGAGACUUAUAUGGCGACAGAGAACAUGCUGAAGGGCAGAGCCAUCUCCAAGCAUGACCUGGGACAUUUCUUUGUCAAGUGUCUGUCCACCUCAGAAUGGGACGGCAAGACAGUGGGAGUUUGGGGGGAGUACAAGUAAUCCAAGGGAACGCUUCCAGUGGAUCGGCAAGAAAACAUGGUUUAAGAUCAACGCAUUUGUAAGAUUUUAAUCAAUAAAGUUAUUUUUAAAUUGAUCUAACCGUGUUAACGAAGACUAAAGACAAAAUAAAAUAAAUAAAAACAUGA